AACGUCACAAUCAAUGUCACACAAAGGCACUUUUAUGAAAUGUUUUUAAUUAGUCGUAGCCGAAUUUUAAAAUCCGAUCUUCUACACCUCAUCCAGCGAAGACAAGUUCACGCACCUCAAUGUCCCAAGACAGAUUCCGACAGAAAAAAGCAAUAUGGAAAACCGGACUGCUCCAAAGCUGUUAUAGUCGGUGGUACUGGUAAAAUUGGACUUGCUACAGCGAACCAGCUUCUGUGCAACAACGCUAAGCAAGUUUUGCUAAUUGAUACUGAUAUUUGUAAGGGAAAAGAUGCUGUUGACUCGCUUAAUUGUACUUUUGGUAAGGGUAAAGCCAUAUUUAUGAAAGCUGAUGUAACCAACAAAAUGGAGAUACAUGACGCUCUUAGAGCAGCCCGAGGGGAACUAAAGACAAUUGAUAUGGUUAUUAAUACUUUUGGAGUGUGGAACGAAAGAAAAUGGGAGGAUCAGGUCAACGUUAAUUUCAUCGGCACUUUAAACGUAUGCGAAAUUAUCAGAGACAUCGUGGUAAGACCAGGAGGUUUUGUUUUGAACGUAUGCGGACUCCCUGGAAUAGAAGUAUUUAGUCCAAGUCCAGUCUUAGCAGGAAGCUUUCUAGGAGUGGUGGGAUACACUCAGAGCGUGGGCCAUGAAAGAAACUCUACCGUAUCAGGAAUAAGAACUGCUGCCCUUUGCUGUGGAAUUACGAAGUCGAAUUUUUCGAAAGGUGUUGAGAAUAAAGUUUGUUGUUCUCAGAUGGGGAGUGAUCUGAAGAAGUAUAUGGAGGACGCAUGUUGGCAGAAGCCAGACGAAGUCGGCAAAGCCGUGGUAGAGACCUUGAAGUAUGCACCUUCUGGAUCCAUUUGGGUGGUUGAAGGUUCCAGGUUGUUUUCGCUACGGUUACCAGACCUGAAUUGCUUUAGAAAGCUGGAGAAUCAAUUUAUUUAAUAAUAGACAGCUUUAUUUAAUUUAAUUUUAUUAUUUGUAUUAUAAAUGAGAUUUUUUAGAAAUAUAACGUAAUCAUCUU